AUGACAGCCGCGGUGUGCAGCGUCCCCGGCGUCAUGCGCGAGCUCGCGUACUGCCUGCUCGGCCACUACGGGGGCACGUUCACGAUUGAGGAGCCCGGGGAGCCUUCAGACGACGCGUCCCGGGGCGCGGCACCGGCUCCCGCCGAGCCCGGGGAAGGCUUCGUGCCAGCUGUCCGUUUGUCCGCAGCGGCGCUUUCCGUGGUCGGGCGCGACGUUGGCCUCAUCCUCGAGGAAGUUGCUCAACUCAGCUGCCAUUUCCGCUGCCUGGAGGCGUUGGUGCGGGAGCACGUGGGGGCCUGCACUGCCUCCCGGGCACUGCAGCACGGCCAGCGCGGAGCCCCUGCGGACAGCGCCGCGCUCCUCGCCCUCGACGGCGCGGCUGUCCCCGGCGCGGCGGCUCCCUCGCUCGCGACGCACCAGGCUGCCAUCGCGCAGGGUCUGUCCGAGGUCCUCGACAUGUACCGGUCCGCGGUGCUGGGGCUCGAACAGGUCUACCUCCAGCAGCCCGACGCGCCCACGGCAGCGGCGCUGCACCACAUCGCGGCCUUCAGGACGCUGCUGCCGAACCUGCACGAGCUGUGCCACGACGUCCUCCCAGGGCAGACGGGAUGCCGGCUGGCCAGGGGCGCGGCGGAGGGGCCCCGGGCGGCGGCUGCGGGACUGGCGAGCGUCCUCGCGCGCCUGGAGCGCCGGUCGCGCUGCGGGAUCGUCGGCGUGGAGGGCGCGGCGCGGCUCAUGAUGCGCCACGUCCAUGGGGUGUUCCUGCGGCAGGUGGCGGCGUGGGUGGCGUUCGGCCGCACCCUGGGACCCGCGCACGGGUUCUUCAUUCGCGUGGCCGGGGCUGGCGGCGCCGCGGCCCCCCGCCAGUCGCGCGGGUGGGGGGAGGACCUCGUUGUGCAGUGGGACGCCCUGCCCCCGCAGCUCCCGCGCAACAUCGCGUGGCAGGUCGUCAACUGCGGGCGAGGGGUCAGACUGCUCAGAUCCUUCGAGGCAGUGCGGGGUUCGCACCGCACGUGCGAGCCGCUGGCAGCAACGGGCUGCACGUUUGGAACAAGCGACAGCCUGCGGAUCGCGAGGGACGUCCUGCGCCUACAGGAGGACCCCGCCGGUCUCAACUGGCUGCACUUCGAACAGGCCAUCCGGUCGGCGUACGCGCGCGUGAGCUCCUGCGUCCUGUCCCUGCUGCGCGGAGACCCACCUCAGUCGGACGCGCGUGAGCGGUCCGAGGAGCGCGAGGCGGGCCGGAGCGGCGACGGCCAGGUUCUCCGUGCAGCGCCCCGCGUCGACGGCGCGUCGACACAAGGUGCCGCGGCAGUGCACCUGCACCAGCUGCUGGUCGCGUUGAAGGACUACGCGCUGCUCGGGCGAGGGGACCUGUGGCACGCCUUCCUGCAAGCGUCGCACGGCGCCAUGCAGCAGCCAUACCACGCGCGGAGGAAAGGCGGGGCCCUGCUCGGGUUGAAGGCCCACCUGAACUUGGCCGCAGCCCACACCGGGGUCGACACGGACCACGCGUUCCGGUGCUUCGGCCUGGACUUCUGCGAUGCAGCGAGCCCCCCUGCACCGAUCGCGCCAGUAGGGAAGAACAAAGAGCUCGUGACGGACGACUGGCGCGUCGGCACGACCUGGACGCUGCCACACCUGGACUCGUGGGACGGGCUCGUCCUGACGAUCAACGUCCAGUGGCCGCUAGGCAUCGCGUUGCCCGAGUCCGCAGUCGCGGCAUACCAAGCUCUCUUCCAGCACCUCCUCCGGUUGAGGAGGGUGCUGAACAUCCUCGAGGGUGCGUGGUGGGAUCUUCGGAAGCCUCGGGCGGGUUCGACGGGCGACCCCGGGCUGUGGCGUCUGCGGCAACAGAUGGCCAACGUGUUGCAGAACAUCCUGAUGUACACCCAGAUCGACGUGAUCGAAGUGGGGCACGUCGCGCUGCUCGAGGCGGUGGCGAAGGCGGAGUCGUUCGUCGACGUGCAGGAGGCUCACAAGGCGUUCCUGGAGAGGACGAUAGCGCACAGCCUGCUCGACGUGCAAUUUUUCUCGGAGAUCCUGUCGGACAUGUACAAGACCUGCAUCGCUUUCGCGGGAGUUGCGCAGCAGGAGCGGCGAGGACAGGGGGCGGCGCCAGGUGCGACUGCGAAGCUGGAGCAAUCGUGGACGGCGUCACUUGUUCGUUUGUUCACCGCCCUGCGCGGGACCAGGGUCCACCAGCCGGCUAUGGGAGUGUCGGCCCUGCUGCUCAGGCUGGACGCAAACGCACAUUUGUCCGGUUUGGCAGCCCGCAUUGCGGCGCAGCAGAGCUCAGCGCAACAGUAG